AUGUUCUCCAUCUCCUCUGUGCUUUCCCCUCGUACAGAAAUUAGGUACAGAGAGCUUCCCAGCGAAACUUCUCUCCUGGAAUCCCCUCAAUCCCGUGAGAAUAAACGUCCGCGGCCGAGAGUUAUCGCUGUUGGGAUAUGCAUCCUAUGCACCUUGGUUAACCUUUUCCUCAUCAGAGGUCCUUCCAGCACGACUAACAGCUUCCCACUUCUCUCUCGUACAUCAAACGGAUUGUACACCCGACGUCAAAUCGACUCUCUUCGUCGUCCGUCACAGUUUAUUGGGCUGCAGAACGUUCAUCGAGGAACUCCUCCACCUUCCCUUUCUACCACAAUUUACGCACACGUUAUUUCACCGGUCAGCAAGAAUAAACCUUCCGAAGUGUACGGGAACGAUCCAAAGUCGUAUUUUAGCCCUCAUGGUCUUGGUACCAUCUCCCCGGAAGAUCGUCAGAUUAAAGUCUCGGAUAGCACCUCAACGAUAAUGCAAUUCAGGGUUAUGGAUUUCGGGAUGGAGGUUUGUGAACUUCACAUAUCCAUUCCAAAAGCAACCAACUCUUCCUCCGAGCCAUCCCUCAAGUUCCCUUCUGUGCCUUUAAACAUCCACCUACUUGACAAACCGGAAAUGUUAUACGCCGACACGUUAUCCUACUCUACCCGCCCUACCCGAAAACAGCUCUUCGCUCGGGUGCGACUGGAGUACGGAAUGGAGUGGAGUCAUCAUUUUGGAUGUAGCAUGGAUGAUCUUCUCACUUUCGAAAUUUCCUGCCCGCCUCCACAUUAUAGCAACGUUAAAUCGGAUGUAUGCGAGCUGGGUUGGUGGCAGGAUAAGGAGAAUCCGUCACCAGGUAUCACGCUCAUUCAACAUUCUACCCGUUGA